AUUAGAUCAUAUUUAAUGAUUUAUUUUAACAGGGGCCUUCCAGCAAGCGAGUUGUGUUUUGAGACAUUGAGGCAUACAUAUUUCUUUCACAUGGGUAAAGGCAUUCCUACUGUAAGAGGAGAUGGUGUUUAUCAGAAAGCUCUCGAUUUUGGAAUUGAAAAGCUCAACAAUGGGGAAUGGCUUCAUUUUUUUGCUGAAGGAAAGAUUAACAUGACAAGAGAAUUCUCAAGAUUUAAAUGGGGAAUUGGUAGAGCCAUUGCUGAGUGCAAUAAAUUUCCUAUAGUACUACCUUUCUGGCAUCAAGGAAUGGAUGAUAUCUUACCUAACAGAGCACCAUAUAUUCCAAGGAUCGGGAACAAGGUGACAAUCGUUUUUGGAGAACCAAUAGAUCUUAAAGAAAUUCUUCAAGGAAUGAAAAAAAGAAAUUUAUGUCCAGUAGUGGUACGUAAAAAAUUAACCGAUAUAAUAGAAGAAGAAAUGAAGAUACUUAAGACGCAAGCUGAAACGCUACAUGACAGUCUACUAUGAAGGGUCUAUAGUGCUGAAACACUAGGUGACAGUCUAUGAUGAUGAGUCCAUAGUUCAUCAAAACUGCAGUCUAAUAUGAGCCAAAAGUCUACAGUCUAAUAUAAUGAGUCUAUAGUCUACUAUGAAUAUUCUUAAUUUUGUUUAUGAGUAUACAGUCAUAGUGAUGAGUCUACAGCCUACUACAAUCCACUUUUCAAGUCAAGCUCAGUGUAAUUUCAUGGCGUGGUGUGCACUCUUUUGGUGUUGGCAUUCCACGAAACUGCCAAGGUGCGUUGUGUGACGGAUUGUUCCUUUAGAACGAUCCGGUCAGCAUGCACUCACACAAAGUAUGUAAAAAUCAGUAGGACAAUGCUGUAUGCAUUCAAUUUUAUUGAACCCUACUAUUUAGGAAGCCAUGAUUCAGACUCACCAAUGGUUUUAAUAUCUACCUCAGGAAUUAAUUGAGAUCACCAACUGUUGGGUAGAACAACAUUUUGAAUAUAUAGUAAUAAUUCUUUAAUUCAUACAAAAUGAAUUUAUAUAUUAAAUAUUGUUAUAGAUAUAUAUAUAUUUCUAUGAUUCAUGGAAACUGUUUUGGUAUUAAAUAUUGUUUUAUAAUCAGA